CUGACAUGAUCUAGAAUGCUUGUCUUGACUUGCUCCUCAAAACUUUCUGCUCUGAGACAACUUUUAACCCACAGCUUUCCAGAAUCGCUAAAGGCAUGUGGAGCUCUACAUCAUGUGAUCAUUGGCAACCCAUUCAAAUUAGAGGUCCUGGUUGACCAGUGGCCAGACUUCUCCACCGUCAUAUGUCGCCCCUCAUUGGAGGACAUGAAGGGCCCCUCAGAUCCUUAUACCAAUACAUACUUUCUGUUCAGUAAAGAACCUCAGAAUCUUCGCCAAAUGCUGGAGGAUCCCCACGCUGUAAACUGGAAUCAAGAUCUUCAAAUAAAUGGUUGCCAGCCAACACUGGGAUGUGUGCUGCAAGAGGUCAGUUCCAAACACGGGAGGCAUAUGCACACGACCAGUAACUUUCUAUAUAUGAUGGACAGGAUGAGGGAUGAAGAGCUUGAGAAGAUCAACAGUAUAAGGGAUUUGCAGUUCUCAUCACUCCUCCCAGAUGAAGCACCUCUCGUGAAUGCCAUCUGGGGCUAUGGCGGUAAUGAUCGAAGUGAGCGUUACCUAAGUCGGUGCAUCCAGAGCUUCCCCACAGUAUGCAUGAGGAGAGGAGGUGUAAGAGAGCCCCUUGCAUGGGUGAUGAGUGAGCAGUCUGCGGAAAUGCGCAUGGGCUACACAGACAAACUUUAUCGAGGCCAAGGAGUGUUUCGUACCAUGAUCAGAAAACUAGCCACAAACUUGGAGUCCAUUGGAACUCCGCUGUACUGUCACGUGGCCCCGGACAACAAGAGCAGUCAGGCUGCUACAUUGGCAGCUGGCUUCCCGAUGGCAGGGAGAUGGCAGCAGUGGAAUUUUCAGCCUUUGUAAAUUUCUGGACUGUGUCUCUUUCAACCUAUUUCAUGGUGUUUAGGUAUUAAUAUGUAAAAGCAAAA